UAAAUCCUCUUCCCUAAAACAAAAUCCGGAAAACAAGCGCUCUCUUAUUAGCCGAAAUGUAAAGAGAAGGGGUCUAAAAGAUGAGUUCGUACUCCCGAGAAGAUGUUUGUGGGGUCCUGGAGAAUCUUUUCCCCCUCCUGCCAAUAUAGCCUUUGCUUACCUGAAAUAGGAUCGUCUGGAACCGCCAAAUAAAUGGAUAGCGAAAGUGGGAAUAAGAAAGCAGCUUCUGGGGAAAUGAAACUGAAAGUUCGCAAGUUAUCUCUGAGGAGGGCGGAAGGGGGAAGGGGCGAGUUGGGUUAAGGCUCUAGGAAGGAGUUAAGACUCUUCCCUUGCCUGAACCUUCUCUGCUCCCCAGCUACUCUAAGUUCCUGAACUGAUUUUACAGCACCGGUUCCUCUGCUCACGAGUCCCGAACCUGCCUUCAUGGCCACGGACUGCGCUGCCCACAGCCCACCGUACCGAGUUCUGGUCCGGGUGUCUGAGAGUUGUUCCAGACUGGAGAAGAAACUGCAAAAGUAUUUCCAGAGUCCGCGCAAAUCCGGGGGAGGCGAGUGCACGGUCAAAGCCGGCCCCACAGAAGGCACUUUCUGGGUAGAAUUUCUGGAAAAACAAGCAAGGCAACGAGUUUUGGAGAGAGAAAAUCAUGAGUUAGAAUUGCCAGGAGAAGAAAAGUUGAAGCUCACUGUCAGAUUGCCUACAGCAAAGGAUGAGGAUGAAGACAAUGAAGAACAAAUCUCAACAGAAGAAUCUACAACCAAAGGCAGAGCACAAGAACAAGGUGUAUCAGAAGACCAAUACACAAAGCUUUCACUGGACAGAACAUUGGAUGAGACAGAGGACACCUCCAAAGGCUCUGAAACUUUUCAUUCUUUGGUUGCACUUAAAAAUCUCCAAGAUCAGGAAGAUGAAUAUUUCCUAGUUUUGUUGGUGGAGAACAUUAGUGGUCUAUCAAAAGCUGAAGGAGAUUUUGAAGUAGAAGCCAUUCCAGAAGCAGAAGCUGCUGUGUUUACCUUUCUGAAACACAUUGACAUAAAGAAAUUUAUUGAUCGUUGUUCUCAAAAUCAAGUAGUCCAAGAAAAAAAGAUUUUAGUAGAACCACUGGAAGAGACAAGAACAAUCCUGGUGGAAAACUUGCCCCCUAAUGUUAAUGAAAUUUAUAUCAUUCUUUUCUUUGAAAACCCUAAUAAUGGAGGGGGACCAAUAACCGAAAUCCAGUCUUUUCCAAAGGACAAUUCAGCCCUGAUUCAGUUUUCUGAAUGCAAAGUGGUUAAAACUAUACUGACAAAGAAGCUUCUCUUCAACAACAGUCCCAUUUCAAUGUUUCCAUACUACUACAGUUUGGGUACUGCUUUAUUUAGAAAGGCAAAAGCACCAGUGAAGUUGCCAGAGCCCUUAAAAAUUUCAUUGAAGUCUUAUCUAUUGAAAUUCUUACAGAAAGAUGAUCAAAUAAUUAAAAACAUAACCAGCACCAUAGAGAACUAUCACUGUAUGCUGACAUGGCCAAAUCCCAGUUGUAAAGAAAUAAUACUCAGUCCUUCAGCCUCUUUAGUAAAUAAAAGAAGAACAAAGAGUAAUAUAAUCAAGAUAUGGAGUGAGGAUGUUUCCAUGAGAUUCUCUUGCUUUAUGUCUGAAUACUAGGUCAGGAAGCACAAUGUGAACUCAUUGAUAUGGGCAGCCAUUAGAGACAGCAUAGAAAAUAAGCGCAUUUUGAUUGAGUUUGAAAAGCUUCCAGAGAUAGUGAUCACAGCAGGGAGAAUGGAGGAUGUGCAAAGAACUGAACAACAAAUGAAGACUCUGGUAGAAAGGGAAAAACAAAGUAUAAAAGAGAACUUGAUUUUGUGUCCUAGAAGGUUUUCUAUUUUAUGCAAGAGUGGGUUAGAAGAGACUCUCCACAAGGAAUAUCCAGAGCUGGAAUAUACAUACAAUGCCCCCACAAAAAGCAUUUGUCUGAGGGGAUUGGCUGAAGAUGUAUACAAAACAAAGAAUGAAAUUCUGGAGAAGCUACAGAAUUUGGAUCAGAAAUCUCUCCAUCUUUCUCCUCAGAUCAUUCAGUUUCUGCAACAAGUAAACUGUGAGACAUUCUCUGAAUCUCUUUUUGGAGCUGAGAAAAUUCCUGCUGUUUAUGAUUUGGAGGAUGAAGCAGUUGUGCUGGUUGGCUCCUCUCUUCAAGUUUUUUCUAAAGUUGAAAAACAUAUAAAGAAAGUCUUGGAUUUUAAAUGCAUCAACUUGGCAGACAGUAGAAUUCUUAAUGAUCCUUAGUGGAAAACACUCAUUGAUGAUUUAAAGAAGAAAUACAACCGCUCCUCAAAGACUGUAAUAAUAGAAGAGCAAAAUUCAGACACUGGAGUGAAGAUAAUGGUUGUUGGUUAUGUUAGUCCAGUAGGUGAAAGCUACCAAGAACUUUAUGAAUUUAUAGAAAAAAACACAAAGAUAGAGGAGUUAGUUGCUGCAAAAUCUCUAGGAGUUAUUCAGUAUAUGAAAGAUGAAAAUAAGCAAAUCUGGGAAAAAGUAAAGGAAAAAAGUGUAAAUGUCGAUUUCAAAAUUCAGACCAACCAAAAAGGUGUUUUGCUGAGUGGCCCAAAAGGAGAAGUGGUAAGAGGAGUGGACAUGGUUAAAUAAACACUAGAUUCAAUACAUGUUAAAAAUUUUACUAUUGAUAAACUAGGGGCUAAGUCCCAAUUCAGAACCAAUGAAGAAUAUUAUACAAGGGAAGUAAAACAGAAAUAUAAUUGUUCCAUUUGACUGCAAGAAGAUGGAGAGGAAAGCAGUGGGGGCAGUACUAAUUAAUGAGCAGAAGAUCUGGCAAGUAGCCAGAUAACCUUAAAAUCUGGUAUCUUGUUGACUGUUCAGAAAGGUGACUUAAUUCAGUUCUCAGCAGAUGUGGUGGUGAAUGCAGCAAAUGAGACCCUAAAACACUAUGGAGGCUUAGCAGCUGCACUCUCUAAAGCAGCAGGCCCAGAGCUACAGAGGGACUGUGACAGGAUAAUUCAGGAACAGGGUAGGAUCCUUCCUGGAUGUGCUGUUGUCUCAGCUGCUGGAUAGCUCCCAUAUCAGCAAGUAAUUCAUGCUGUUAGUCCCAGGUGGACACAAGAACAUGCUCACAGGUGUGUGCAGUUACUAAAAAAUGCUAUCACAGAGAUUCUUUAUCUGGCUGGAGAAUUUGGGCACACUUCAGUAACUAUCCCAGCUCUUAGCUCUGGGGUCUUUGGCUUCCUCUUAAAAGAGUGGCAGACCAUCAUUCUGGCCAUCAAGGAAAACUCCCAGCAUUCCCAAAAACAUAGCUUGAAAAAGAUUCAUCUUGUUGAUUCAUCCGAGGAGACAGUUCAGGCUCUUUCCAAAGCUAUGCAGACCAUCUUUAAAGAUGUAUUACUUAGCAAUAAUUCACUGUUCUCUGCAACAUUAGAAAACCAGAAAACCACCAUGAGAAAAAGUAUUGAAUAUAGAAAUGUGUUGGACUCCAUUGAAACAAGAGAACUUCUGAGUAUCAUCUUGAUGAGAGGAGAUGUUCAGGAUGCUAAGACUGAUGUUAUUGUAAAUUCCAUCCCUUUGGAUUUUCAUUUAAAUUGUAGACCACUUUCUCAGGCCUCAUUGAAAAAAGCUGGCCCAAAACUUCAGGAAGAAUUAAAUACAUUGGAGAAAAAAGCCGUGAAAACAGGCUCUGUUCUCUUGACAAAAGGCUAC